GGACUCUCUCCUACCCCUACCUUCUGGAGAAAUCCAGAGAGAGAAAGAAGUCUCUCCAAACCCCUUCUUUAAUUGAACCUCAAUUUCCAUAAUUUAACUUGCGCAAAACAAUAAUAUCAUCAUCAUCUAGAUUUUCAGAGAGAAACCACAAAUCUUCGAGAGAGAAGGAGAGAGCAUCCAUUGUCGCUCAUAUAUAUAACUUUAUAUAUAUAUAUAUAUAGAGUACAAUCGAUCAAUAAUUUUUAGGGUUUAGUUUAGUUAGGGCUUGUUUUGUUGGAGGUCAAAGCAUGGCGGGGUACUUGCCGUUGAAGAUGAAGAGGAAGGAACUCGAUCGAGUGAACGACGAUUUCUCAGAUUUCUCUCUUUCUUCGCCUGCCAGAAAAAUCCGUCGAUUGGAUACCGAUUUGCCGCCAAUAAUGGAAGAGGACGAGCCAGAGAUACCUCUGGUUUUUCAACACUCAAUGCCCCAAACGCAGCACCUUUCAGAUAGUAUGGAGAAAGUGGGAGGUCCAGUCAUAGAGGAAUUGCCUUGUGAGCCUGUGAAUGAAGAGAGGGCUAUUGUUCUCUUCAAGCCCAUGAACUCACCUUUGAUGCAAUCACCUUCAAAUUUCUCUGUUUCAGUCAGUCCUGACUUAAUUACUGGGUUUAGAAAUCAAGUUGUUUUCUGGUCCAAGGAGUCUAAUCCAAUCAAAACAGCAGAGGAUGAAGCUGCAGCAAAUGGCAAUACCGCAACAAGUGAAUGCUUGGCUGUUGUUCCAUGGAACCCAUCUCAGUUCCCCCCAAGACAAAAUGAAGCUCCGCAUGCACAAGCUUCUGAAUUGAUGGAGGCUGAAGAAAUGGAGGCAACAACAAUGGACAUUGAAGACGAUAACAUCCCUACAGAACAAGUGCAAGGUAAUGAAUUCGGUGGGGCAAAUGUAACUGAAGGAUUACACCAUUGGCCGCAACAGCAUUGCAUGAUUCCGCAGCUUCCCCAGAACACAUCAACUCCUGUUGUGUGGUUCCGGUGAUGGAACUUCUUGGAUGAGCAGCCGGUAAAUAUGCUCUUGCAUUGCAAUCUAUUCUGUUUUGGGUUUAGUUGUCUUCAAACAUAGAUUCGAUGAGGAGGAUGAUCAACCGAAGAAUGGUGCUAGAUGUUUGAUGUUGUGACCAUUGGCUCUGGAAUUGGAAGCUGAAGUUUUUGUAGAAAUGAAAGUAUCACUCGGUUACUUGAUCUCAGCUUGUCUAUUGAGCUGCUACUUCAAGCGAUGUGCCUAUGGAAGGUUAUUGUGUUGUUUUUUUUAUAUUUGUUGGCGAAUGUAGAUGAUGUUUGCCUGUUGUAGUACUUUCCUUCCUCGAUUUGCACAUUGUAGAAUCUCUCUUUAGUGGUGUCGUUGAACAUGAUUAUUCAAUCUCAAACAAAUAUGAACAUUAAUUCCGUUUCAGGUCA